UGCUGGAAUUGUAGGAAGAUAUGUUCCUCUGUUCUAUUCACAUCAUUCACCACUACAGUGCUCCUACACUUGGGGCUGGGUGGGGAGAGAGUAGUUUGAAAAACUACAGAAGUUUAUUUAGGAAGGGUCAUGAAGAACACUGCCAGUGACACUACAGAGAAAGGGUUACACAGGGCAGAAAUCAAGCCAACAAAAGCAUUUAGUCAGGAAAUGUAACUUGAAAUUGACUCCUCUGGAAAUUGCCAUAGAACCUUUAAUGGACUUCAUCGGUUGAACCUGGGAUCUGGUGAAUCCCACAAAAAUCUGCACAUGCUACAGAACAGAUGCCCUCAUCACCAAGGACUUGGUACUGAUUUAGAGAGAAGAGAGCAGCCUCUAGCAGCAUCAACAUGUAUUUGUUGCUUAUUUCCCCUGCAGCAAAUCACUUGCUUUUCCUUCUUCCAUUCUGUAAAUAUCUGAGGUUUUGUUCUAGUGUUUCCCAUCCCAGUACUGACCUAAUUUGGAUCUACUGAGAACUUAAGGAGUUCUGGGAGGAAAAGGUUAUUUGUACUGAUAAAAUUAGUUUCAAAGGCUCCUGUGCCUUCCUUCUUUCUGAAACCUGUGUCUUUGAAUUGUUUUUACAAGUUUCUCAUCAAAACCUUGUGAAUCUAAAUUCUUUGAUUACAAAUAUUUUACAUAUUUGGCUUCCAUUUGACCUCAAUAGAUAAUGUUAACUUUUAUUGGCACUUUUCUCAAGAGGUAAUAGCAACUAACAUUGCUAAUUUUAGGGAAAGUGUUUCUUUUACUUGUAAAAAUUUUCCUGAAUUAAAGCAGUCAUGACAGUUUAUGCACAUUAAAGUAAGGUUUUGCUUUUUAAAAUAUGUCUUGGGCCCAGAGCAAUGGUGCAUGUCUAUAAUCCCAGCUAUUUGGAAGACUGAGGCAGGAGAAUCACUUCACCCCAGGAGUUUGGUGCCAGCCUAAGAAACAUAAUGAGGCUCUGUCUUAAACAAAAAAGCACUUGGGUAUAAUAGCUACUGUGUAUUGAGUUCUUAAUACUUUCCAGUUACUAUUCUGUGCACUUUAUAUAUGUUAUCAUGUUUAGUUCUUCCAUCAGUUCCUUGAGUUUUCUGGAUAUGCCACAAAAGGAUCCAUGCCAGAAACAAGCCUGUGAAAUACAGAAAUGUUUACAAGCCAACAACUAUAUGGAAUCGAAGUGUCAGGCUGUCAUCCAAGAACUUCGUAAGUGUUGUGCUCGAUAUCCCAAGGGAAGAUCUCUUGUCUGCUCAGGAUUUGAGAAAGAAGAAGAAAACCUGACACUAAAGUCUGGAUCCAAGUAAAGUUGUGUUGAGAAGUUAAAUUCUGCUUUAUGUUUCCCUUAAGUAUGUUUUAUUUACUACCCCUUCCUCAUGCCAAGUAGCAGCAAAUAGCAAAUGAAAAAGUCAAUUGUAAAAGUUAGGAAAUAUGCCAUCUAUGCAAAACAGACCAAAAUAACCUAUGUUAGAAAAUAAAUAUGUAUAAUGUAAAAGGGAGCUGCUAAAAUAAACCUGUUUUACAUGAAAAUUUUGGUUACUAAAUGUAUUUUAAGAGACUAUUAGAUUCAGAUGUUAAUGAAUUCUUUAAUUCCUGAAAUCAGACUGUUAUCUGCAUCUUGACCUUGUUUGCCAAAUCUUGGAUCUCUGUUGAAUAUAGAUGAGAUACAGAGCAUUGAGUUUAUUACAGAAUAACAUGAAAUACUCUGAAGAGUAAGUGGAUAAUGGUCAGAGACCAUUAUGCCAACAUACCAAUAGAGGUAGCUUGUAUACUAUUUUCUUUUGUUUUUUAACCUUUAUGUGAAUAGGUAUUCUGCCUACAUGUGUGUCUGUAUACCAUGUCUUGGAUCUCCUGGAAGUGGAGUUACAGAUAGUUGUGAGCUGCCAUGUGGGUGCUGGGAAAUGAAGCUCUGGAAGAGCAUCCAUUGCUUUAACCCCUGAGCAGUCUCUCCAGCCCUUAUUUUCUAAAUUUUUCUACUAUUUUCUAAAUUUCUAGAACAGGCAGCUUUCUCAGGGGUGUUUUCCUGUUUAGGUGACUGAUAGCUCAUUUGGAUUAACUUGCAAGAAUGAGGGGACAAAGUUAUAGCUUUGUUCUUUACCAGAAGGCUCCUGGCUAGAUAGUAAUCUUAUGACCUUCCCAACAGUUCAGAAUAUAAUCUACCCACAGCCAAAGGUACUCAGAUCCCAUUCUUUGGAUCAGUAAUCAAAGUCCCACAGUUUCAGUUCCUGGUUUUACAAACUGCUGAUUAUGGAAGAAGCCAUCCUCAAUAAACUUCAAGCCUGAUAAUACAUAACUAGCUAUUUAACAAGAUCAGUAGUGUCAGUGAUAAAACCUAAGUUGCAUGAGGCCCUCCAGCAUUAGAAUCAUAAUACCUUUCAUAGAUUACAUGCUACAUUAUUUUAAAGUUUCUUUUAACCUAACUCAAUACCAAUAAUUCAAUUUCCUUCCAAAUGCAGUAGGAACAUUGUUCUUUUGCAUCCCCACCACAAUGCCUAGCCGCAGAUACUUAAUAUUUCCUCAGUGAUCGGAAAAGCACAUAGUGAAAGAGUUUCCCCUUGCAAGGGCAUCUUGGCAGUUGGGAGCCAAGGAAUACCACAAAGUCAUAACAUGCAACAAACCUCACACAAGAGAUUUAUAGGGGAGAGACACAGAAUGGCAGCUACCUCUGACCGGAAACAGACAACAAUGGGCUGGGUAGAGGGGCAGCCUUUUGAAGGGUCUUUGAAGCAUGCACAGUGAACUAGUGGCAAAGUACAGUGUGGUUAGAAGUAUUGCUUGGCCAUUAACAGUCACAGGAGCAGGGAGGGGCAGGGUGAAUUUCCACUGGCCUGUUACUGUGUUAUAGCUCUAAGGGGAAAAGUUUUCUUAGUACAAGUGUUGCAGCUCUGAGGGGAAACCUUUUCCCCAGUUCAAGUGUUACAGCUCUCUCUGAAGGAAAAGGCAUCUUGGCAGUUGGGAGCCAACUACAAAGUCAUUCCACACAGCAAACCUCACACAUUUAUUGGGAAAGAUACAAGAGGGUGGCGCCUUCUGCUUAGGAGAGAAGCAGCAAAGAAGUAAACGAGAGGCAGGCUUUAUAUAGGGUUUCUUGGGGGCAGUUUUAGAUUUCCAAGGUGGGGAUUGUGGGACUUCAAAUUCAGGGAUUGGUGGGUUUUCAAAACCCAGACAUGAGCAUGGACUUUUUACCCUAGUUAGCCUACACAUAGUCUUCUAAUGUUCACUGAUCCCAAAUUUAUCAUGAAGGAAUGGAAGAAACACUUCCAUUGCAAGUCAGUGUGAGGCCUAAUGAGAACCAAACUAUCAGAGCUGCACUGAAGCUAAAAGGUUUUUAUUCAAGGCAUGAACUGCCAAGUUGUCUCCAAGUGAAGAGAGAACAACCCCACAAAAAAGGGAGUUGGGGGUUUUAUAGGGUGGUCUUAGUUGGGUGAGGGAGCAUUGUGUGAAAAGAAACUGCUGUAAGCAAAAAAAAAAUUAUGGGGGUACUUCUGGUCAUAAGGAUAGCAGGGUAUGAAAACAGGGUGUUGCAGUCAAGCUGCUCUGCUAAGAGUCAGAUGACUUCUGAGACAUGCAGAAUGUUCCAUUUCUAUUUCUUCUGAAGGGGCCAGGUCCCACCCAGGUGGUAUCUUCAGCAAGACCAUCUUGGGAAAGAAAGCCUUACAGUCAGCACUGUGUGACAAAACUUUUCCUGGUGAGAUGCAACAUACAUAUCUACUCAACACAAGUAGCCCAUGACAGACCAAAGUACAGAUACCACCGAAGUCCAACUUGGAGAACCAAUGAGUUUUAUUGGAGUUAAUUGUAAGUAAGGAGCAGAAACGACUCAAAGGCAGCUGCAUCUACAAAGCCCACUCCAGCACAGGUGACAGCUCACAACGCUGGGAAUCUGGAGCACACUGCACAACCUGCAGGCAGUUCAACAGCUUGAGUAUCUCAAGUGACUCAUUUGAUCUAAACCUCUUCCAGGUAGUCCAGCUGGUUUCUGAUUCUUCCAGGAAGCUGGUCUGGUCUUAGGAUCUUCUUUGCAGUUUGGCUGGUCUGAGAGUCUUCUUUGUAGUUUUAUUUCUUGCUCUGGGAGGAGGAGCCUAAUGAAUCUCGUCAAUUUUAGGGACUUCCUGAAGCUAUUUUGAGUUGUUUACCUUCCUGCUUAAGGAGCUUCCCUGCAGGAUGGAAUGUUUCAAUCUCAGAGGAAACUGUUAUAGAACAGUCAGGCAGGCGCCUAGCAACAGAAGAAUUUUAGGUGAUUAUUCUUUAUUUCCUUAUAACCAAAACCUAUUGUAGUAGAUCCAGAUAAUAUUGAAACAAAACUGCCAAAGGAAACCUGUUGAUAGCUGGUAACUAUUUUAUAUCCAUUUUCUUUCCUCAAAUAGAUGUUAGUUCUACUGUUGUCCCUCACCCCCCUCCCAAAAGAAAAAUGCCUUUUGGAGCUGAGGAUGUAGCUCAGUUGGUAGAGUACUUGGUUAAUGUGUACAAGGCCCAGGGUUUGACCCCCUGCACUGCAUAAACCAGGCAUAAUGAUACAAACCUGUAAUGCCCAAACUCAGGUGAAGUCAGGAGGAUCGGGAGUUCAAGGCUAUCCUCAGCUACAUAGAGAGUAGCCUAGACUAUGUAUGACCUGUCUCAAAAAAAAAAAAAGGAAAAAGAUGCCUUUGUAAGAAUGUGAGCAAGAAAAUUCUGGUAGUUCCUUGAUGUCCAAAUACCAUUAUUUGAUAACAAAUCUUUUUUUUUUUCUUUUAAGUGUCUGUGUAAUAUGACUGCAGUCAUGUGCAUACCACUGAUACAAUCUAGGGGUCUUGAUUGAGUUCAUUUUCUCGGCCACUUAAAAGAACUGAAAGGCAUGAAAAAUCUCAAGGGCAACAGGUGGCAGCAGGAAAAUCACAACAACCACAGAGAGAAUCAACAGUUGAAGAAAGGCUUUUGUUGUGAGUGAGGAGACAUAUACAUACAACAGACACACAGAAAAAGGACCUUUGCAAAGCAGAGUGAGGCCUUGGAAAGACAAAAAAUCUUGGGGGCUUGGGAUUUUAAAUCUCUGAAGAGCAUUCCUUCCCUAAUUUAGGGUUCAUCAGUUUGAACAUUGUUGAGCCAGUUCAUCACCAGGGGAGGCUUGUAUUAAGCUGCCAGACUUUAAUCUCAAGUCAGGAGUGUCUGCCUACCAUGGUGCACAUUUGGAAGUUCUCAUCCCACAAUGGUACAGCCUGGUGAAUUCUGCCUAACCCUCUGUCUUAGUUAGGAUUUUUAAUGCUGUGAAGAGACACCAUGACCAUGACAACUCUUAUAAAGAAAACAUUUAAUUGGAAUGGGUUGCUUACAGUUUCAGAGGUUCAGUCCACUAUCAUCAUGGUGGCCAGCAUGGAGGCCUGCAGCAGACAUGGUGCUGGAGCUGAAUGUUACAUCUUUUUUUUUCUUCUUUUCUUUAGAGGCAGAGAGGCAGCAGAGAGGCAACAGAGAGGCAGAGAAGCCGAAUGCUACAUCUUGCAGGCAACAGGAAGUCAGUCAACUGACACACUGGGCUUUAAGAAACCUCAAAGCCCACCCCCACAGUGACAUACUUCCUCCAACAAUGCCACACCUAAUAGUGCCACUUCCUUUGGAGGCCAUUUUCUUUCAAACCACCACACCCUCCCCUCCACACACCCUCCCCAAUUCAAUUCUUUUCUUCAAAGCAACAUUUUUUUUCUAAAGCAUUCCUAGGAAUCACUGUAAAAAUGAAAUAAAAAGGCUUCUUCUGUGGUUAAAUACUUGAAGAAUGCUAGUCUAGACACAUGUAAAUGGUUAGUUUCCUGCCAGAGUUUAGUUUUUCAUAUGAGAUACAAUUCUUUGUAGUAUUAUCCUGUUGUGAAACUGAACCUCUUUUGUAGACAAGCAUUUCUUUGAGUGAUUUUCCUCCAAAGAGACUUUCUGGAAAUAUGCUAUCUGAAAGAUAUUUGAUCCACAAAGGAGGGUAACAAUUCUAAAUUCCCAUGAAGUAAUUUAAGUGAACUCUCAUUAAUAGUAAAAACAUUUUAAUAAAGCACUUUACAAUUAUAAUGUGUACAUCACCUAUGAAUCUAAAUUGCACUUAAAAUAACAUCUGAUAGUGAUUGCUUAGGACUUACAUAUGACUCACAAAAUCAAAUAAUUGCUUUUUUCUGUUUUAUUAGUUAUGUUUACUUUAAAACAUUUUAAAUGUCUCUCUCCUAAAGUAUACUGCCUUAUUUUGAGUUUCAAAAGCUUCCAAGUAUUUGCUCCUUUAUGUAAACUAUCCUGUCUUAGUUUAAGUCAACAAAUCUACUGAAAGACAUUGACUUAAAUCUUAUUCUCUUUAGCUAUUAUGGCAUACAGAAAAAUGAGUAUUUUUUAUGUAACACUGACCAAGACUAACACUGAAACAUAGUCUUCAGGGAAGAACUCUUGUGACAACUAUGGUCUCAUCUCUCAUUUUGGAAAUACAAAACCCUCCAAGUAGCUAUUAGUGAUUCUAAGUUUAAUCACUUGGUUGAUGAUUGACAGACCUUAGCAAGGAUGUUACUUUUCAAUAGCAGUGGGUAAAUCAAUUGUAGGGUGACAUUUGGGCAGCAAGUGAACAUUCCAUUACUUUACAGCCUUUUAUUCAGUAAUUUCAGCAUAUACUGAUGGCAAAAAUCCCCUUUUCCAUUUUGUUAUAAUACACCUUUCUUCCUUACAAUGUAACUCAAUAAAUUGUGGUACUACAUUUGUGUUCAGUAUCCAGAAAUCAUCUCAAGUUAAUUUUAAAAUAAAAUUUAAAAAGUA